CUGAACAUUGCCACACGCUCACACAGUGAUGUGCAAAGAUUUCCAAGAUAGUUUCCGACAACCUUGAGAAACAUUGCGAUCAGACAGAAGAUAAAUAUGUCUAUCGACAUUUUCAACAAUGAGUCGAUGUCUAACAUCACCGGAAGUGGCGUCACCGGAAGCAGUGUCAUUAAUGAAGGCAACAGUUCUGGGGAAAUUCCGGAUGUUCAAGAAAUAGAUCAUCUGCAGAAAGUGCUGAACGGUUUGGCUUACUUUGACUACUUCUAUUUCCCUACCUUCUUGUUUCUCGGACUUGCUGGAAACACUAUGACCAUUAUCAUCAUGAACAGCAAAUCAUUCUCUAAACUGAACUCCCGUCUUCUUCUGAUUUGCCUCGCUUUUUCGGACACGCUCCUUCUCCUCACCCAGCCAUUCAACAAGAAGUUUGUAAUAAAGAUGCUCGGAACAGAUUUGCGGGCGCUCUCCGAUAUUGGAUGCAAGAUUUUCUUCGUCUUUUUUAGGACCGGAAAGAUGACGUCAUCAUGGAUUGUUGUUUUUCUUUGCGUUGAGCGUUUCAUAGCCGUGUGGUUCCCUUUGAAGGCGAAAAGAAUAAAUACAAAAUUGAAAACCAUUAUAGCACUCGCUAUCGUCUAUUUGGUAAUGAUAACUUUCAAUAGCGUAUGGUCAUUCAGUUCUCUUAUUGUCAAAGGCAUGUGUUACCCGGAUGCGUAUGACCGAUCAGAUCCAUAUUUGUCCGCCAAAUAUGCCAACAUGAUCUACAUGGGCUGUGCCCUUUACUCCAUCGCUCCAAUGUGCAUCAUGGCCGUCCUAACAACCCUAAUUCUGUACAAACUGGCAGUGUACCGGAACAAGAGGAAGCAAAUGACGUCACGAGCCAAAUCCGAUACCGAAGGUGUAAAAAUUACGGCCAUGUUGUUAGGAAUCGUCACCGCUUACAUCGUUCUUGUCCUGCCCGUCACCAUGUUGCAUCUCUUUGCUUUCUUUUUCAAAAUCAACGCUUUCGGAAAUAACGCCAAGGGGUUCCUCGUCUUUAAGGAAGUCUCUCAAUUGUUGGAACAGCUGAAUUACUCCAUCAACUUUUUCCUCUAUAUCAUGACAUCCACCCAGUUCCGAGAUGGUAUCUAUGAUCUCCUUAAAAUCGGCCAAUGUAAAAUCCGCUGUCGAUCCAUUACACAUAGCGCCACGACCAAUCAACAUACCAACUCGUCCAAACAUCAAAAAACCAACUCGUCCAAAAACGCCAAAUCUCAAGAUCCGCCGAAGAAGGAAACUAAUAAUGGGAAUGGAAUUGAUAUAGAAGCUGAUGUCGUCAAUGAUGUCAAGAAUGGAGGAGCAAACGGUGUCGAUGAACACCUAGCGAAUGACGUCCGAGUCGAAACAGGAAAAGAUCCUACACAAAUUAUAGAGAACAAUCGUUUGUAAUUUGACAGAUUCCACUUUUGGGGUUGGGUGAGGUGUAUUUAUCUAUUAAUUGUAUGUAUUUAACUUAUUCCUACGAGAAUCAAGCAAGUUUUAUAUGAUGAUAUUGUAUAUGAGAAACUCGAUUGGAAGAUUGAAUAGAGGUAUGUCCCGCGGGCUUGAUGGAAUUUUAAAUGAUUAUUAAACUGAAUGCAAAAACCUCCUGAUUCCUGUACUGACUAAAUUGUUUUUAAUUAUAUUUUUGAAUCUUGAUACUUUCCGGAAAGCUGAUCAUCUGCUAUUAUUUUUCCUGGGCAUGACAAAGGCAAUGUAAUUUUAGAGGAAUUAGUCUCAUGAGGUGUGUUUGUAAACUGUUUACUUCGAUCCUAAACAGUCGCCUAUUAAAAGUCUGGGGAAAUAAUAAUAUCCUGAGUAAUGGAGUCUUUGAAUUUCCACCUGACCUCAGUACAGUUUAUAUUAUUUUAGCAAUUAAUUCCAUAAUUACUAAAACCCUUACAUCAAAGAAAAAACGUAUUGUUGUUCUGUAGAUUUCCGAAAGGCUUUUCAUUUCAUUGAUAGAGUGAGACUUUGGUGUAAACUUCUGAAAAACGGAUUUCAUGGUAAAAUUUUUAAAAUCAUUAAAUCUCUAUCAUGAGCACAAAUCCUAAUGUUACUGUUAAAGGUGUGUGCUCUGUUUUGUUUUUGUUUUGUUUUUUUAAUUUAGGAUUAUUACAAGGCGAAUAUUCAUCGCUAUUUUUGCUCUUUAUUAAAGAUUUUGAAACUGACUUCACCGAAAAUUGUAAUGAGUAUUAUACUUUAGGAGAACUUACUCUAUUUCUGCUUUUAUAUAUGGAUGAUUAAGUGUUGUUUUCUGAAAGUGUCAGAGAAAGCGAUUUUUCAGUGUUUCAAUAAUGAUAUC